GGUGCUUGGCUGCAUGCAUUAAACACACGGAGGAUGGACUCGUCCCUCAGUGGAAGUAUCUGUAGGCGUUUCAUAAAUGGAUCUUGCAGACUUGGUCCAAGGUGUAAUUAUCGACAUGAAUGGCCACUUAGACCAUCAGCCCAAAUAUGUAGGUACUUCCAAAAAGGUGGAUGCUGGUAUGGUGAACGCUGCAGAUAUCUCCAUGUCCUUCAACCUGAAGUUGAUGCAGCUGUUGCAGGUAGAAGAAGUUCAGUACCUGCAGUCUCCUACUCCACUGUGGCUUACGCUCCACCUGACAGAAGAGGGUCAGAGCCUGCUCUUCUGCAGGCUGAGGUGAUGUCCAGGCAGGAAUCUAGCACAUCAGAGUUUGUGGUUAAUGUCUCAAAUCCUCAACACAACACUUUGGCAGCAGAUAUUGCUGAGGAGCAGUCACAAGAUAAUAACUCUGAUCUCACUGCUUCUUGGGAAUCGGCCCAGAGCUCAGAAGUUGCUCAAGCAUGUGCUCGUAGUGGAAGAAAUGAGCAGGAGACUUCUUCCGAUGAGGCGACGGAGGAUGCUUCAGCUGCUGCUGCGGCCUCCAGUACCCAGGGGACAGUAGAGGCCUUACUCCAGAGUAAAAACGUGACCUGUGGCAUCUGCAUGGACAAGGUCUAUGAAAAGAGGGAUCCAAGAAACCAUGUUUUUGGAAUCUUGCCAAACUGCAAUCACUCCUUCUGUUUACAAUGCAUCAUGACCUGGAGGAAAACAAAAGACCUCGGGCCGGAUGUGGUAAAGACCUGCCCACAGUGCAGAGUGAGGUCUGCCUUUUAUGUGCCUAACAAGUACUGGGUAGAAGGACAAGCAAAGGAGAGCCUGAUUGCUGCUUUCAAAGAGAAAUUCAGUAAGAAAAGCUGCAGUUACUAUGCACGAUACGGAUACUGCCCCUUCAAAACGGAGUGCCUUUAUCGGCAUGACAAACAUGCAUGGCGCAGGUCAUUCCCGUAUCCCACACAAGAUGAAAAUGAAGACGACUACGAUGGUGUAGAUCUGCUUAAUCUUUUCAUAGCCAUGACCUUUCUAGCUGGUGGUGAAGACGACAACGAUGAUGAUGAUGACGACGAUUUCGCCUUUGCCUUUUACCUCUCUGAGGAGUAUGGUUUCUGA